GUGACAGGAGGCCGAGGUGGCGGGCACGGGGGGCCAUGGUAGCGGCGCUGAAGCGCGCGCCUAGCUUUGAAUGAAGGGCGCUCGCGCUUGGAGAGGGAAGCGGCUCUGGGUGCGGCAGCGCGCGCCACCCUUGGCUCGAGCUGCCUUGCGCCCUCCGGAGCCCCCUCCCUUCUGGGCAGGCAAAGUUUCUCGCCAUGGCCAUCACACAGUUCCGGCUCUUUAAAAUUUGUACUUGCCUGGCAGCAGUGCUGUCCUUCAUUAAGAGGCUAAUAUGCAGGUCUGGAAGAGGACGAAAGUUAAGUGGAGACCAAAUAACUUUGCCAACUACAGUGGAUUAUUCAUCUGUUCCUAAACAGUCUGAAGUAGAAGAUUGGACUUCAUGGGAUGAAGAAGCACCAACCAGUGUGAAGAUUGACGGUGGUAAUGGGAAUGUAGCCACACAACAGAAUGCUUCAGAACAACUGGAGCCCGAUUAUUUUAAGGACAUGACGCCAACUAUAAGGAAAACACAGAAAAUUGUUAUUAAAAAAAGAGAACCUUUAAAUUUUGGGGUCCCAGAUGGAAAUGCAGGAUUUUCUAGUAGAUUAGCAGCUACACAAGAUAUUCCUUUUAUUCCCCAGUCUCCUGAAUUGGGAGACUUGGAUACCUGGCAGGAAAAUACUAACGCCUGGGAAGAAGAGGAAGAUGCUGCCUGGCAGGCAGAAGAAGUUCUUAGGCAGCAGAAGAUAGCAGAAAGGGAAAAGAGAGCAGCAGAACAACAAAGGAAGAAAAUGGAGAAAGAGGUACAAAGGCUAAUGAAGAAAGAGCAGAACAAAAUUGGUGUAAAACUAUCCUAACACAAGCAGUUCUAGGAUGACUGUACCAGCAGGAAGGAGAAUUCCAGUUUUACGACAUAAAGCAUCAUUUGUAUUGAUUUAAGUAUUUUUAGAACUCAACUCACUGCUUGAUUUUAAUGCAUUCUUCAGGCCAUCUUGGAAGCCAGAAUUCUUCCAUAAAGUAUCUUGAACUAUUAGUAGAUGGAUCUUAAAAAUAAAACACCGACCCUGCAAAUCAUACCUUGAUGGAACAAUGUUUUCUGCAAUAGCCCUAUCCCAGCACCCCCCUUAUACAAGAACAGUGAUUGCUGCAGUGACAGUCUGAUGAUGGGGACAUAAACUCUUAACAGAUGGUUGAAGCUUAAAGAAAAACGGGUGUAAAUAAUUCAGUGGUGGGAAAUCUACUGUACCAUCUAUUAUGCUUAUCUGAAACAUGUAAUUAAAUAAUUUUAAAG